AUGACUUGGACAGAAACUGACGGAGCUCUCCUCGAGAAGCUCGAGGCUCAGAUCCUCCCCGGCGACGCUCCGAUCGAGAAACGUCUCCUAGCUGAGAUCGUCCCCGGCUUCUCCCUCGCAGUCCUGAACAACUACGAAGUUACUUGGACGAAAACCUACGGAGUUCGGGACAACUCCGCUUAUGGCGCAGAGCGCAAGCACGUCGACAGCGAAACCCUCUUCCAGGCCGCGUCUAUCAGCAAGACCUUGACUGCUUUCGCAGUCUUGCGCUUGGUGGACCAGGGUGUGCUUGAUCUCGACAAGGACGUUCACACGUACUUGAAGAAAUGGAAGUUUCCCGCGGGGAGCCCCACGGUUACUCUGCGCCUUCUACUUUCUCAUCGCGCCGGGGUCAAUGUUAGCGGAUAUCCUGGAUUUGCGAGAGGAAACCCGGACAUCCCGGAUAUUGUUACCUCCCUCAACGGUGAGGGUUCCACCACGACUUCCAAGGUGGUAAUCGACUCUGUUCCAGGCAUCGCCGAAAAGUACUCCGGAGGCGGGUACUCUGUUGUGCAAGUGGUAUUGGAGGAUGUUGUUGGCAAACCGUUCGAUGAGCUGAUGGAUGAGCUGGUCUUGAAGCCAUGUGGAAUGCACAGGUCCACUUUCAAAUUGUGCACCGCGGAGCCUCCGUCCGACAACACCGCUUCCGGACACAUGUUUGGUCCCGCGAGCGUGGGUGGCGGAUUUCUUGUCUACCCUGAGAUGGCCGCCGCUGGCUUGUGGACAACGCCAGCCGAACUCGCUCGGUUCGCGAUGGCGAUCGGACAGUCCGUUCGCCAGGUGUUGCCAUCGGUUGUGGAAGCCGAAGCCGCCGAGGACGUGGUAAAGUUCGACGGCCCACUGCUUUCCCCUUCGGCGGCCAAGGAGUUUAUCACCAUCCCUGGUAUGGCGGGUGAGCACACUGGAGAUUCAAAGGGAAUGGCUUUGGGCGUCAAUGUCGCUGGCCGGAACGAGCGGAUGCGGUUAUCGCAUGCGGGUGGCAACCAUGGAUUCCUAUCCAAUAUGGAGAUCAACCCGUUCUCCGGCUUCGGCUCAGUCAUCAUGUACAACGGGCAUGACGAGAGUUAUAGUAUCAGGCGUCAAGUCAUCUCCGCUCUCGGCGGGAUUUACAAGUGGCCUGACACGGCCGAGAGCAAAGAUACCUCUCAGAACGGCGGAGCGAAGACGGAAGAGAUGGCGAAAGAGGUUGACUGGAACCUGCUGUCCGGCACCUACAAAACGGACGAAAAUCGGGAGAUCAUCGUCAGCGCGGACUCGACCUGCUCCUUCCCUCCGUUUGCCAAGGGACCGUUCACUCUGAAGAGAAAGCGGGACAACAAGUUUGAGAUCGUCGGACUGACCGAAUCCUCUUUGGAGUUUGAAUUUGAGGAGGCGGAGAAGACAGGGGAAGAUGCCGCUGCCACCAAGGGCUCUGCUGCGGUCUCGGUCGCGUACGCUUCAUCGCAGAGCGGGGGUGAAGCAUGGGCAGCUCCCUCUACCGUGACCGCCAAGCGGGUGAAGGGGUGA